AAAUAGAUCAAUAAGAAAAAUAUCUAAAGAGAUGUGCGUGACAAGAAAAUUCGAUUUCUAUUGAGCUUGUUGCUUCGUAUGUUUUUAUUGAAUAUUUCCCUUUCUUUUACAUAGUGUUGAAAAAAAAGAAAGACAGGGUUAGGGAGGGAGAAACAGGGACAACAAGAAAAAAGAAAGAGAUAACGAGAAACUACAAUUUCAGGGAAGAUAGGAGUUUAAGAAGUUUUAUCUUGUCGUGGAUUUUAAGAAAGUAAUUUAUUCAAACAAAAAAGAUGAAUUCGACUUCUUAUUCUGCGCUACAACCAUAUCCGCCGACUAUUGCUACUGCACCAUCACCUGGUGCAUUUUCAAUACCUCAACCUGGAAUACCACAACCCGGGGUGGCACCUGGGAUACCACAACCCGGGGUGGCACCUGGGAUACCACAACCCGGAGUGGCACCUGGGAUACCACAACCCGGGGUGGCACCUGGGAUACCACAACCCGGGAUGGCACCUGGGAUACCACAACCUGCACCACCACCAUAUGGGAUAUCAAUGCCAGGACCUGAAGCGCCACAACCCGAGUUACCAAUGAUACCACAAGGUGGCUGGUCACCGCAGAAUACGACUUGUCCACCCGGCUUGGAAUACCUUAUAGUCCUUGAUCGUCUGUACGUACAACAACAACUUGAGUUAUUGGAAGUUGUCGUUGGAUGGGAGACUGAGAACAAAUACCUUAUAACGAAUGCUACUGGCCAGCCAUUGUUUUAUGUCAUGGAAGAGUCAAAUGUAUGCGCGCGGCUAUGCCUCGGUACUCUACGUAGUUGUGAAUUACACGUGGGCGACACCAAUCACAGGGAAGUCCUACGUAUGGUUCGACCCUGCAGGUGUACAGGUUGCUGUUGCUUUUGUUGCAUGCAGAUGCUAGAGGUGUAUUCUGGAGACAUGCUUCUCGGUUCUGUAACAGAAAAUUGCCAUAUUUUUAGGCCUUCGUUUUCUAUUCGCGAUGCAUCUGGGAAAAUAGUCUUAAGGAUUAAGGGACCAUGCUUUAGAUGUUGCGGAAACGUGACAUAUAAGAUAAAGUCUGCCGAUGGAGUACAUAGAGUUGGAGAAAUUAAGAAGAAAUGGAGUGGUUUUACUACAGAAGUUUUUACAGACGCUGAUAAUUUCAGCCUACGCUUUCCUGUGGAUUUAGAUGUUAAAAUUAAAGCUGUUUUACUCGGUGCCUGUAUUCUCAUCGAUUUCAUGUAUUUCGAACGAAGCGCCAAAAGGAGCUCUAUAUAGAAUUCGUAAAAUGCUUAAAGGAAUUCUAUUUACUGAUCUGAAAUGAAUAGUUUAUUGUUGUGCUCUAUUAUAAUACAAGGUAAACGGUUUGCAGUGAAGAAUCACUGUUGUUGAAAGCUUUCAACUUUACCUAAACUUUCUUACCUUAGAAUUCGCCAUAUUUUUUAUAUCAAAUUAUUAAUGAAUACUUGUAAUAUUGUUAACAAAUUUGAUGCACAAGUGCUAUUAAGUUAUCAGUAUCAUUGCUAUUUUUGUAUUCAAUAUUGGAACGAAUUUAUCAUAUAUUUGUAUGUGUGUAUAUAUAUUGCUCAUCUUCCUAUAAAGGUAUGUUCAGAAGUUCUCGAACAAAUACGUUUUACGACUUUUGUUACAAGAUUUCCGCAAUAUUUAUAAUGUUAUGAACACGAAUUAUUAGAUUGUAAGUUUUUAAUUUGCUUUAAUGCAGAUAUGUGUAUACGGUAUAUAUAUUAUACAGGCUAUUUUUGAAAUUAUGAUAUAAUCAGAAAGGAGGUGUAAAAGUAAGUUGAAAAUAUAGAAUGAAUUUGUUUAUAUCUGCCUAUUUCACUCAAUCUGAUUAGUUUCCGUUACUUUUAUUCAUUUUUAUGAAUAUCAAUCGGGAUGUAGUAUAAUUGUAACUAAUAUAGUUACUUUUAAUGACAUUUAUUUUAAUGGUUUAUAAAUUAUUGAAAAUGUCUUUGUAUCACAGAUGGAUACUAUGUACUUCCGUGGCGAAUUAAAGAAGCAUGAACUGAUGAUAAUGCGUUAAUUCCUAUAUCUUACAUUUCAUAUUGUUAGUUGAAUAAACCCGUAUUAAUGAAUAUUCAAACUCAAUUUUCUCGAAGAUGGAGCUCUAUACGAUUAUUAUUAUUUAUUCAUUAUCAUAUUAUUUAUUAUCAUAUUUUCGAUUUACUUCUACAUAAAGAAUCACCUGCUUUCUGUUUAUACUACUAUUUCAGGAACACUGUAUAUACAUAAGUUUUUAUAAUUGCGGGUCAUAUAUACUCUUUUUAUAUUUUUGUGCAUUUGUUUAAGGGCAUUAAAUAUUUGAACUGCCUGAAUAUUUAUGAGACAAUUUUAAUUACUCAUCAUAAACAAUGUUCAAAAAGACUUAAUUCUGUUUUAUGAUUGAAAGAUCUCCUAAUUGUCAUGUAAAGAUAUCAAAAGGAAUUAAGUUAAAUAAAGAAGGAGAAUUAUUGUGUAUGUUCUUUAUUCGUGUUUUAAAUUCACAUCUUCAUACAUCUGAUAGUGGAGCUGUUACCGCCUCAGCUGCAGCACAUAGUAUGCUAUAUUUGUCGCAGAUGUUCUUGGUUUUAUUAAAAAAAGAGAAUGGAAAAACAAUAUGUGUGUAACAUCCUUUCCUACACACGUUAGAAAACGGCCACCGAGAUGCUGCAGAUAUCGCACUCGUUGCGUUUUUUUAACACAUCAAGGACCGGAUUCACGCGCUAAAUUUAGGUUUCAAAAUGGAAACUUGACACUUCUUUGUCAUAUCUUCCAGUUUUUUAACGCUCCAGAAUCUUCUCUUAUUAUUUUCCGCAAUUUUUAUAAAAAAAAAAGAUAAUAAAAUUUAUACACACACUAAACUGUCGCAAUGAUUGAGCAUAAAUUCUUCCAUUUUUGGGGAAAGAUGAGAUAAUAUUACUUUUAAAAUAUAAAGAUUAAAGCCAAUACUUUCAGAAGAGUUUUGACAGUUCUCAAAGCGGCGGCAAUUCAGAUGUAGAAUUAUAUAAUUAAAUCCAGAUAUUGUAAUACUCUUGACAAAACAUUUCUUGCCUUUCUUUCAUCCAUACAAACUCGUCUUUUAUAUUGAUAUCAAACGACACGACUUAUUUUGUCGAAAAUAGGGUCAAAAAGGAUCGAUUUCUCGCAUGGAACACCGUACAAAAAUCCAGGGCGUCCUCAACGUGUUAAGCAAAAGGUCUCACGAUCCGUUUGUAGUUUUCGAUCAAUGUAAACGUCAUACAUAACGACAUAUCUCGUUUUUUCCCCUCGUCAUUCGACAUUAUUACAAAUGUUGAAUUAUUUCCAUCGCGAGACAACAUGGUGCAGAUACAACGAUACUUCCAGUUCAUAGUGGUAGAAAGAGAAAAGCAAAAGGUUCCAGGCAAAACGAAGAAAGGAAUGAUAGAGAAAAUGAAAGAAUACUGCGUGUAUUUUUUCUACAUGCUGGAUAUUACAUGUCCUUAGAAAAAAAAAGAAAGAAGAAAACAGGGUGAAAUAAAAUUAAAAUACUGUUAAAGAUAUAAUAUAAUGCGUAUUAUAUAGAACUUAUAAUACAAGCUUUUUCUUCUCUUUUCCAUUUUCUUUUUGUUCGUACGGAUUGAUACAAAGGAACUUGAGUCAACGUAAGAGACAAUAAUAAUAAUAUAAUAAUAAUAAUAAUAUAACGGUAAUAAUAUUAAUUAAUAAUAAUAAUAGUAAUCAUAUCGCGUGUGUAAAGGGGUAGGUGGAGACCGUAGAGACGUGCAAAAGUUCACCGUUCACGACAAUUCUAGAUAUUUUUUCAAAAAUUUAGCAUAUUUAAGAUUCGAUCUUUAGAUUUCGACUAGGCUAGCUAGAGUUUUAUAGAAUCAAUUUUUAUCGCGAACGGCGCUUACAUCGUCUCCGUUUGGAACUCUAAGAACGCGCUUUAUAGCUGCGUGAAGAGAUCUUAGCACA